CAGGGAUGAAACAAUCGUGGGUAGCAGAGAAAGUUCACGUCCAGAAACUCAGCCACCCAUCACCGACGCUAUAUAAGUGGGUGGCGCUUCCUCGCGCCCAUCAUUCCGUACCGUGCAACACUGCGACCGGCCGCGCGCUGCACAAUGCAACACUUAUCGACGGCAUUCCUGAUCAUAGCGUUAGUGAUCGCCGUCAAUCAAGGUGGCGUGACGGCACACGAUGAUGACAUCAUCACGGCAGACCAGAUCGCCGACGAGGCCAAGAACCGAGCGGUCACUAUAAUCGACGGCCCCAAAAACUACCACUAUCCUAAGCAUUCCACCCGCCAACCGCUCGUCUUCGCUGCCUCCACCGGCAGACCGGUCCGCGUUCCGCUACAACCUCCCAAAUUUAGUGUACCCAUCGAAACCAUCAACGGCAUACGCGCCGACGAAGUAAGACCACCGAAGGGCUACGAGCGAAACACCACGACAACUACCACCACAACUACGACCACAACGACCACCCAGAGACCUUUGAGGAAUAAAAGAAUCUGGCCCAAAAACUACGAGAAAAAGAACUACAUAUACACCAUAACAUCAGGCCUUGCAGGCAAUUCUACAACAAAUAGGGAGAAGUUGAACAGCACAAGCACUAACAGCACAGACCUAGAGAUUGCAUCCGCGACUCACUACCGCUUUCGAUACAUCACCACAAACAGAACGACACGUUCGACGACGACGAGCGGCCCGCUCACUAUCACGCGCGGCUACCGCCGGUACAGGUUGCCCAACCACACUUCCACCACCGCUGCCUACGACACUAACUACACCAGAAUCGAGCCUAAUGAUUGGGUGCCCAUAAUACCUUCGCAUCACCCUAACAACAAACCCAACAAAUACCUUCAUAACAAUAAGCGCCGGCCCGUGCAAAAAUUGUUAUCCGUCAAGCGAUCCGAUACCGGCGACGUAGAAUUUACAAGCCCCGAGGAAAACCCCGAUAUCAACGAGAUCAGACCUGAUGAGACCAAUAAGCGCACAGUUUACCUUCAACCCUUCGGGCUUGUUCCUGUACCGGCGCAGCGUCACGGAUUGGUUAACAACGGGAGGAAAAAGAUGGUAUUCUUCCGCAAGCGGCAGCGGCCACUGAACACUAAUGCCUUUCCUGGUUACAGCCCCAAGCCCGGCGUGCAGCCGCACGCCCUGUACUCUCUGGGGGACCUCCACCCUGAAGCCAGCUACCAGCCGCGCGUCAUCACCAGGAUCAAGCACCACCAUCACCACCACCAUCACAGAUACAUCAAAACCGUCGAGAAACCCAUCAAGGUCCCGUUUAAAGUCGAAGUGCCCAAACCUUACCCAGUCACAGUGGAAAAGAAAGUUCCCGUAGCCGUAGAAAAGAUCAAAAUCGUGGAGAAGCCCGUGCCGUAUCCGGUGCAAGUGGAGAAGAGAGUCCCGUACCCGGUUCAAGUGCAAGUGCCCCAUCCGGUUCCAUACAAAGUGAUCGAAAAGGAGUACGUUCCGAAACCGUAUCCGGUUUAUCAUCAAGUCCCAGUGGUAAAACAAGUGGAAGUAAAGGUUCCGGUCCCACAACCCGUACCCGGUACGAUAGUAGAAAAAAGGGUGCCCUACCCAGUACAAGUACAGGUACCGGUGCCGGUCUACCAUCCCUACCCGGUGAACGUGACUGUCGAAAAGAGAGUGCCGUACCCAGUGGCGGUGAGAGUGCUCGUGCCUCAACCGUACCCCGUCGAAACCCGAGUACCCUACCCAGUAGAAGUAAAAGUGAGGGAACCAGUUGAGGUAGUGAAGCACGUGCCGGUCAAAGUGCCGGUCCCGCAACCGUACCCGGUUAAAGUGCCGGUCGCCGUGCCGGUGGAGAAGAGAGUUCCAUAUCCCGUGGAAGUCGAGAAAAAGGUGCCGGUGCCUUAUAAAGUUAUAGUGCCUCAGAAGGUCGAGGUGGAGAAAAAGGUGCCCGUGUACGUUCCGCGGCAUUACUCGGUGGAUAAUAAACCAACAUAUCCCGUCGAGUUGCCGGUGUAUAAUCCGAACCAGAAUACGUACUUAAGUCAGCUGAGCCAGCCGUUCCAAUACAACUACAUCUCAGACGUCGGGUCGUAUACGUCGUAUAGCCCGUCGAUGACGGGCAGUGACGUGACGAGCACUCCGCACCACACCGUCACGGUCCACGGGAACACCGGGUUCGCAGGAUUCCAGUCGCGUUCAGACAAGACUGAAACGACGUCAGCAGAGAGUUCCGAGUCCACGGAGACCACCGGCGUGACCGCCAUGACGACCAAGCAGACAGACGUGACGAGUGUUACAAGUGCAACUACCCAUGCCACGACGCAAGCUAGUUAG